AGCAUCCUUCAUCCUUCAGGUACCAGCUGUCUGGGCAGCGUUUGAGCUGCAGAAACUGGGACUGGCCCUCAACAGUCCACUGACCUGAUCCUCCCCAGUGGCCUUCUCUGUAUAAGCUACUUCUUCUGCUGUAUCAGAUACUUUCAGCUGCAACUCCCUGCAAGGUGGGGCAUCCAUCUAAGGCAGGUUUUGGUGUACCCCACUGACCCUACUCCCCAGGGCUGCUGCCGCCUCUGGCCUCAGGAUGAAAGGGGAGACCCCUGUGAACAGCACUAUGAGUAUUGGGCAAGCUCGCAAGAUGGUGGAACAGCUUAAGAUUGAGGCCAGCUUGUGCCGGAUAAAGGUUUCCAAGGCAGCAGCAGACCUGAUGACUUACUGUGAUGCCCACGCCUGUGAGGAUCCCCUCAUCACCCCUGUGCCCACUUCAGAGAAUCCCUUCCGGGAGAAGAAGUUCUUCUGUGCCCUCCUCUGAGCUGCCCUGUCCUUCCUCACACCUCCUCACCUUUCCUUUCCCUCUCCUAGACCCUUCCUUAGGUCAGUAACUGGCGUCAGCCCCUGAGGGUCCCUGCAUCCCUUUCCUAGCCCUUGCUCAACCCUGUGAGGUUAUCUGAAGCACAAAGCCCUCCCUCACAUAUCUGUCAACUCCAUUUCCUCGCCCACUGAGGCUAACCCCAAGCACCCUUUGCUCCACCCAUAGAAGGGCCAUCAGACUCUGCCAACGUCCUGCCCGCUUCCCUCUGUGACCCACUCAGACAAUGGAGAGAGGGAUGGGCCGGGUGCUUGCUCUCAGUCUCACCUGGAGCUAUUGGAAGGGUAAAGCCAUUUGAAGAAUAAAGUCAUCCAGAAUCUCA